AUGAAUUCUAAUAAUCCAUUUGGAGGACCUCCAAACACCAGUAAUGCCAGUCAAAGUCCUGCAUUGUUUGGACAAACAUCUGUAUUUGGCCAGAGUGCUGGUGGACUCUCCGGCCCUUCAUUUGGACAGUCUUCCUCUGUGUUUGGUCAACUCAGUACUACAAGUCAGACUGCCCCUGUGUUUGGUCAAAGCACUCCUAGCCAGCCCCCUGUGUUUGGACAGACUACUGUGGCACAGCCUAUUCCAUCAUUUGGCCAGACUAACAGUGGUUUUUCUGCUCCUAUGUUUGGUCAGGCGUCCACAGCACAGUCAGCUCCUGCAUUUGGACAGUCUGGUCCUAUAUUUGGGCAGGCCACAUCUGGAACAUCUAGCUCUGUUUUUGGGCAGGCUACGCCAGAGCAGCCUGGUUCCAUAUUUGGGCAGGUAUCAUCUGCACCUGUAUUUGGACAGGCCAACUCUGGACAGCAAGGAUCUGUAUUUGGACAAGCUACGCCUGGACAGUCUGGAUCUGUAUUUGGGCAGGCCACUUCUGGACAGCCUGGAUCUGUAUUUGGUCAGGUCCGUUCAGGACAGUCUGGGCCUGUAUUUGGGCAGGCAGCUUCAGGCCAGUCUGGAUCUGUAUUUGGACAGGUUGCUUCCGGACAGUCCACACCUAUGUUUGGGCAAUCUAAUUCUGCACAGUCAGCACCUAAAUUUGGACAGACAGCUCCAGCAUUUGGACAAGGAAUUACUGGACAAUCGGCCUCCCUCUUUGGACAAACAACCACCAGCCAACCUUCUUCUGCAUUUGGGCACUCAGGUCCUGCAUUUGGACAUUCAAGUUCUAACCAAACACCUCUGUUUGGACAGGGUGCUGGUAGCCAGUCAGCAUCCCCCUUUGCACAAGCAACAACUAGCCAGUCUAAUCCACUUUUUCAGCAAGCUAAUAACCAGUCCACUUUGUUUGCUCAGUCCAAUGCUAACCAGACAACUGCUCCAUUUGCACAGACUGUUUCUAGUCAGUCAUCUACACCCUUUGGAAGUAGUACGUCAGUAUUUGGACAGGCAGCUUCAGGAUCAUCUGUGUUUGAACAGUUGAGUAGACAGUCUCAGGGGGAAUUAAGUCAAGGUUCAGUAUUUGGUCAGCCAGUGUCUGGCACUACCUUUGCUUUUAGUCAGCCAGCUUCUGGCCAGACUCCUAUGUUUGGACAGAACACAUCUGGGCAAAGUUUGGAUCACUCAUCCACCCAGUCAAGACCAGAUGGAUCAAGUCAAAAUGUUGCUUUUGGACAGACCACUACUGAGCAAAGUAACUUGUUCAGCCAAACGCCUACAUUUGGGCAGCCCACCUCUUCCCAGACAUCAUCUGUGCAAUCUUCUAAAUUUGGGACUGUAUCCAGCACACAAACUGGUAGAAAUAAUGCAUUUGGAGAAACAGGUGAAAAAAUGUCAGUCUUUGGUCCACCGUCAAGCACUCCUUCUGAUCAGAAUAAAAGUAUUGGUCUAGCCUUUGGUGGAGCUACUCAAAUGACUAACAAUCCUAAUGUUCCAGAAUCCAAAGUGUCAACUAGCAUAACUUCCUCCCCCUUUGGACAGAUGUCUAGUAUAUCCUCAUCCAAUACAGCUUUCAAACCAAUCUUUCCAGGAGCUAAUAAAACUCAGGAUGCAUCGGAAAAGCCUUUAUUUGGGAAUCUUUCUGCAGCAGCUGCAUCAGGGGAAAGGCAGAGUAGCAGCUUAUUCUCUUUCUCUGCAGAAAGUAAACUCAAAGAUGAAACUGGGCCUUUUAAGCCUGCAUUUGCAAGUGCUGAUAGUAGUUUCACCAGUUUUAAUGAAGAGGUUGAAAGAGAGGAGAAACAUAAAGGGUUGAAGCGAAAGGAAGACUCUGGCCACUCUACUAGCAAACCGGAGUAUGCCUCUUCAGAUGAUACUCCUGAUCUGCAACGUGAAGACCCUUCAGUAAAGAGGUCUACCCGAUUAAAUAGAGAUCUAAAAGGAGGUGCUAAUAUUUUGUAUAAAAGCUUGUUUGAUGCUUUUAAAAGUCAAAUAAAAUCCCAACAAAAGGACUCCAAAAGAAAGGAUACAGAUUCUAAGUUGCCAGAUUCGGAUACAUCUGCAUCAAGUCAGACAGCUGCAAGAAAUCAUCCAGCAUCUGAAUCUAGCCAGCAUGGAUUGGCUAAGCCCCAAUUACCAGCUGUACCCAUUCAGCCCCCCACCGAUCAAGCCCCAUCCCCCUGCAAGUCAGGGAACACCAAACAGGACUGUUACAGUUGUUGGAUCAAGCUUCCAAAGCCCUAGCAGAGAUGGUUCUGUGGCUGGACCUAGUCCACUAUUACCUGCCAGAAUUCGACCUGUGAUAGAAGUAGUGAUGCCUCAAAAAACUCAGUUUUCCUUCUCCAAGACGCCACUUCGCAGGACUAAGCGAAAUGACAGCACUGAUAGCUUUGGACCACUGUCUCCGAAUGAACAAACCUGCAUUCAGUUAAAGAAUCUCCCUCCACAUCUAAUUACAAAACCGACUUUGGAGGCAUUCUUUAAGAAGUUUGGUAAAAUUCAGCAGAUGUAUUGCAAGCCUGGAAAUGCAACAGCAAUUAUUCACUUUGCCCAGCAUAAAGCAGCAGCAAAUGCCAAGAAAGCAGGAAAGAAGUUCCACAAAGAUGUCUCUGUGUUUUGGUAUCGAAAGAAAUCCAGUCCAGGCAAGAGAGAAACACCACUCCCUAAGAAACAAAUUCAGCAGGUGGAAAGAAAAGAAAAGCAGAGUGAGCAAGGUAGCAAUGUGCUUGUUUCCCCUGUACGCAAGCCUCUACUCCGUACAGUUAAAGGAUCUCCUCAAAAGAACUCUCACUUAGUGCAGACUCUUCAAUAUGAUGUUGAUAAUACAGAUGCCCCAACAACAUCUUCUGACUCUGCGGUUCCAUCUCUGCCUCCUUCACUUUUGAAUCUUGUGGGACAUGUGGCAGAAACUCCUGAAGAAAGGUAUCGCCUGUUGGACCAGAGGGACAGAAUCUUGCGACAAGCCCGAGUGAAGAGGACAGAGCUUGACCAAGCAAAUGUGUUUGUGGGAACCUGUCCAGAUAUGUGCCCUGAAAAGGAGAGAUACAUGAGGGAAACACGGAACCAGCUUAGCAUCUUUGAAAUUCUUCCAGGAACUGACAAGAUUGACCAUGCUGCUGCCAUUAAGGAGUAUAGUCGUUCGUCAGCUGAUCAGGAGGAACCACUUCCCCAUGAACUGCGCCCUUUGCCUGUGUGCUGUGCAUGACAAUGGAUUAUCUAGUUACUUAUAUCAUGGACAAUGGGGAGAACAAUUACAGAGAUUGGUAUGAUUUUGUGUGGAACCGUACACGAGGAAUUCGAAAGGACAUCACACAGCAGCACUUGUGUGACCCUGUGACUGUGUCUCUAAUGGAAAAGUGUAUGCGAUUUCAUAUCCAUUGUGCAUAUGAGCUAUGUGAAGAGCCUAUUUCCGCCUUUGAUCCAAAGAUCAACAAUGAGAACUUAACAAAAUGUCUUCAGAGCUUGAAGGAGAUGUACCAAGACCUGCAUAAUCGUGGAGAGACUUGUCUUUGUGAGCCAGAGUUUAGGGGUUACAGCGUUCUCCUCAACCUAAACAAAGGAGAUAUUCUCAGAGAAGUGCAACAGCUUCAGGAGUCAGUUCGUAACUCGGUGGAAGUGAAAUUUGCUCUAGCGGUGUUCUCUGCCUUCAACAGCAAAAACUAUGUGCGUUUCUUCCGACUGGUCCGCUCUGCAUCAUAUCUUAACAGCUGCAUAUUACAUGGCUACUUUGGCCAGAUACGUCGAAGUGCUCUGCAGGUCAUGAAUGUUGCUUAUACUUUUAGUCCCCAGAGGCCCACCUUAUUUCCACUAGAGGAAAUUGUGUGUCUUUUGUUGUUCCAAGAUGCCGAUCGAGCUGCAGGAUUCCUCACAGCUUAUGGCUUAAGUGUGUCAGAUGGGUUUGUAGAGCUAAACCGUUCUGCUUUUGCUGAACUUGAGGCUCCCUUGCAGCCAAAGAAGAGUCCAUUCAUCAGCCACAAAUGUAGUGUAUCUGUGGGACAGGUGGUAAAUGGAGCCCCACUAACAACAUUCUCUGUGCAUGCACCAGUGUGUAGCUUUGAUGCACAGAACAGAUAUACUGGAUUUAGCAACUCAGCCGAAAUAACCGUAAACUCAGGACAAGAACCCACAGUUGUUACCGAUAAACCAGAGGUCAGAGACUCAGUCACUGAAGAGAGGUCUAUCAAACCUACGAUUGUGCUUCUGAAAGACAACCAGGAAUCUCCGUCUAUUCCUAGUCAGUCAGUCUUCCAGCCCAUAGUACCGCCUGAGGUCCCUCCAUCUCCACCCAAGCCAGCUUUUACUGAUGAGGAUGUUGCCGCUGUGCUUCAUGAUAUUGUGGAAGAUACCGUGAAAGAAUUUAGUGUCAAUAUCAGCCAGACAGGAGCUGCAUACAUUUCUGCUGCACUUGGAGAGUCAUCGGUGGUUGCUGACCAGCUUCUUGCAGAUGUAAUCUUGGAUAUGUCAAGCACUAUUACAAAAGAAGAGGUGAAAGCAGAAACUGAGAGGGUGCUGGAGGAAAAACGAAGAAAGGCAGAGGAAGCCAGGCGGAUUCAGGAAUGGGAGCAGCUGCUUUCUGAGAUCAGUCAGUGUGAGUGUGAAAGUCUGUUAAAAAUAGUGCUUCAGGAAAACGUCCAAAAAAUAUCACGUGAAGAGCUUCAGAAAGCCAUGCAGAAAGAUCAAAAUGAGCGUAUUAGCCGAUGCUCUCAGCAUGUCAGUCAGCAGUUUGUGGAUCAGUUUGUGGAAGGAGAACUUGACCAAAUAGCCAAGGAAACGCUCCAUGAGAUGCAGCUCUGCAGGAAAUACUUUCAGAGGUGGCGGGAAGUUUUGGCUGCUCGGAAGAAGCUAAGGCGCCAAAUGCGAGGAUUUCCAGCUGCUCCUGGUUUAAUGGGCCAUAAUGGUACACUGAAGGCAUUGAUUCCCAGUGCUGUGCACAAUUUGCAAACUCAGCCCAAGGGGAUUGUGGAUUUGGGGAAUGCAGGGAAACUGUUUGUUUCUUUUAUUAGCCCACAGCAGCGCACGGAACAAAUUCUACACAAAAUGAAAGUUCAGCAUUUCUUUCAAGAGCUGCUUUGUGAUGCUGCAUGGAUGCCGCUGGAGCUGCCAUCUUUGAUUGCAAACAACCUGCCCUCAUGGAAGAACUGCAUAUUCUGGAAAAUAGUUCUGGCUCUGCCUGAAAGAAGUCAGCCUGAUGAUCCUAACAGUGUUCUGUCUAAGUGGUUGAAGGCAAAGUUCUGCUGGGCAGGACUUCAGCCACUAGAUGCCCAGAAGCAGCAAAUUCAAACGCUGGCUCUCUACAACACAUUAGUGUCACAGGAAGAAUGGCCUGUGUCUUUAAACGUUUGUGUAAAGGCAGUACAUGGACCUCUUACAGAUUCUGAGCUAGACAAAGCUGAAUGUCAGAAUGAGUUAUGGGGAACCAACAGCCUUGUGUUUCUCUUACCAUUUACAUCUGAAAAAACUGAAGAGUACUGGAUUUCAGCAAUCUUGCAGCUAAAACAGUUACUGAACUGUAAGCCCUUUAAGCCAGCACCAAGCCUUGCUGUGCUAGUACCAGAAUCUUCUCCAAAGGAAAAUGUAGAGGAAGAACUUGGUCUUCAGGACCUGGUGUCAUGUGACCUUAUCGUGGAUUACAUUGUGCUGUCAGUACCAGAAACUGUGACUAACAUGGAAGGAACUGAAGUGGUCGCUUCUGCUGUACAGUUCUUGCUUUCCCGUGGUCCCCGCUCUCCACAGUUACAUUCACUUCCAUUCCGACAGUAUAUAGAGGAUGGGGUUUAUCAUGCAUUCAGUGAUCCUUUCUAUCAUGACAUGUCCAGCCGUCGAAAGUCCGGCCUUCCCUCUCAGGACCCUACAGCUAUCAUUGAUUUAUAUAACAGCACUGUUGCCUACUUGGCAAAGGUGGUUUCAUCGAGCCGACUUGUGGAAUUGUCCUGGCCUGUGACAGAGUUCACAUCUUCAAGAGGCAGCUUCGCCAUGCCACCUAUAGACUGGAACAGUCUAGAACACCUGUCUUGGCUAAAGAAAGCUGUACUUUCCUUUCAGAUUCCAGAAAUGGACAAGCCUCCAGAGGGAGCUCCCUGGCAUCUUGUGUGUUCCAUGAUUAGGGAUUACAUAUCUCAGAUAUCCAGGUCUUCAGAAGCUUUGCCUGUAUUGGACUCAGAAGUACAGAUGCUUCUUGGAGGUGUUUGGAAUCAUUGUCUGGAAAACAGUGGAGGUGAAGGGUCAGACACUCUGAACUAUGAAAUCCCCUGGGAUGACUUAAUCGCUCUUUGCAUCAAUCACAAGUUGAGAGACUGGCAUCCUCCUUUUAAUCCACAUGUUAAAGGUUCCCCGGAGGACCUUUAUGUUUAUUUCUUUGAAAAGGAUUUGGAAAAUUUCAAAUUGCCAGAAAACGUGGAUGAAUGCUUGUCACACCACAGAUAAAGACAUACUGGUGGCUAGUGAAAGUUCAUCAUGCAGAAGGAAGCGUAAAUUGAAGCCAUCUCAAACAGCAUUGUCAUCUCUGACAUGUGAAGAAAAUACUCAAAAAGAUGUUAAAAACGUGAAGUCUUUUCACUCACAUCUCAGUCAGUUUCUGUUGUUGGAGGAGAAGAAUGAAAGUUCUUCAAGCAAAAAGAGAGGAGUGUGCUAGCACCAUCUCAGCAUUUGGAGUCUUCCUUCGUGGAACAUAUGGAAAAUACACAGAAGGAGUUAGACAGUCUGAAGUCACUUCAGUCACGUUUGAACCAUGCCUUGAUGGCUGAGAAACAAGAGUGUGACAAAUUCAAUGAAAAGCUACAACAUCUCCUUGAAGAAGAACCUCUAGAUAUAUCUCUUAGUCUUCCUCUGUAUCUUCCCAACACAUCUUUACAAGGGGCUCUAGAAAGUGCUAUUGUAGUCCAUUCUCAGCAUAAGCCUUCAACAGACAAGACCCUACAUUCCUAUUCCCAACCGGAUUCCUUGAUGAGUGGUGUACACUCUCAAUCAUCUGUAAGGGAUCUCAUGAACAGCCUGCACACAAGCAUAAGAAGGUAUAAAGAUGAAGAUAUCGCUUUCAAUUUGCACUUGAGCAACCUGCUUGAUGUGGCAGAGCUAAGCAGUUCUCCAACUUAA